GCAAUGCUAUCGGCAAACAAGGCUUGAAGUACACAAGCAGAAACAUCACAUUUAUUGAUUUGAUUACUCAAUGGCUUUCUUUACUGGGAAAUCAUGUCCAGUAUUAAAUAUCCUGAUCUUCAUGCUCACCUUUACAAGUUGGAUUCUUGGUGUGUUCUGUGGGGAGCAGAAGGUCAGUUACUCUGAGCCGUACCGUGCCGUUAUCAAAGGAAACAAUGUGACUCUGCGGUGUACCUUUGACAACUUGCCUGAUAACGCUACGUGCCAAAUCAAAUGGUAUAAAGACGGACAAACCACUACUGAAUUGAAAGGCACAACAAACAACAACUGUGUAGCCUGGCUGAGAAUUUUCAAUGCAAAAAAAUUUAAUUCAGGAAUUUACUACUGCAAAUUGCAAACAGACACCAAAUCGAUAGUUCAGUGUGCGGCAGAAGUGAGCGUGCAACCAAAAAUCACUGAAGUGAACAAAAUGAAGACUGCGACCACAAUGAAAGACAUGUUGAUUUUAAUCCAGGGAAUUCUGCUGAUGCUCUGUCUCACUUUGCCAGGAAUGUUGUUCUUGAACAAAGACAACCAGACAAAAAACGAUAAUGAUGAAAAUGAGGCUUACCAUAUGUAUGAGGGUUUGGAAGUUAUGCAGACGGCCAUGUACGAGGACAUUGGCAACAUGAGACCAACGGAAGACAAAUGUGCCACUGCUGAGCAGCCCAACGAGUAACACACAAUCACAUCAUGAAGGCACAAUGAUGUUCCCCUGGACAAUGUGAUGUUGAAAAUGAUAUUAUUGGUACCAGAAAAAACCCAAGCAUGUAAAUUGUGGUUGAGGGAUUGGUGGCAGAAGUGAAUGUGCUUCCCAACUGAUCCCGAGGAGGUAAAUAAACAGCAUGAUCACAAAUUGCAAUGCCAGCCCUAACACUUGGCAAAGGAUCUGUAUAGCAUUUCCUGCCCGUCCAUCGUUUCAUGAAAUCUGCAUAGGUGUUGCAUGAUUUCAUUCUUCAACAAUGGGAGGCAUCAUGUAAAAGGGAAUAGACAGCACAAUAAAAUGGCUAUUAGAUUAGAUAUAUUGUUCUGAUGGUGCUAAUUGCCAAUUGAUAGAUAAUUACUCUGCAUAAUUUAAUAAAGGAUUAUAGAAAUGGAUAUAUUUUAUGAAAGAGGUGUAAACUGUCAGUGUUAUAUAUAGAUAAUAGAUUGUCUCAAAAUAUAGAUAUAUAUUAUCUGAUUUAUAAUUCAUGCAUAACUAGGCCAAAAUAAUGAAGGAUGUACACCUUUAGUGGAAAAAAUGCACAGAAAUACUUUUGUAUUGUGUCGCAAAACACAAGAUGUUCAUUACAUUAAGUUUCAUUUGUGUCAACAAGAUUGUUUAUAAAAUGGAACAAGAAUCAUCUUACUUUAGGGAUCCAAAGAGGAGAAAAUUAAUUCCUUUAUCUUAAUCUAAUGCAGACAAAAAUGUAUAAUAGUUUAGUACACGCGUUAAAUGGCAAAGGUGAAACCAUAAAUCUGUCGGUGAUAUUUGACUGGGUAUGCAAUGUCAUCUCAAUCCCAACAUGACAUGGCAUUCAUAAACUACACUCAAAGCAAAGUGCAGUCUACAUGACUACUCUAAGUGGAUCCAUUUUAAAGUGAAGAAAGUAAAGUGAACUGCAGAGAUAUAUUCUUUUUUUUGGUAAUUUACUGAGCUUUCUAUUGUUUCACCUCAACUUCUACCGUGGUAGACAGUUUGUAUUAACUAAAUCAAAUGAUUUAACCAAAGGUGACACCAUGCUUAAUUAGUUUAACAGUAUUGGAAUUCAUUUCAAGUUAUUUUAAGCGAAUUUUCCACCUUGUAUAUAUUUUGUAAAUAGAUGUAGGAAUGUAUUGCUGUCAUUAUGGAUAAUGUAUUAAUUUGCAAAUAUAUUUGUCUCAACUUGCAGUAAAUGCUAUUUUUUAGGCAUCACUAUGCUGUAGAUAAGGAAAGGUUGUGCUGUUUGGUGGCUUUUGUUAUAUUUGAUAAUUUAGUUGCUUUUGACUUUUUUUAAAUAAAGCAUACUUCUAUUGUCACGCCAGGAUUAACGAUU